GUUGGUCGUCCUUUGGCGAAUAUAGCAGUGCGGGCCGAAGAAUGGUUACAUUUAUUAUCACAAAGUAGUAUUAUAUUAAAAUAUAUGUUAUAAAGAAUAUAUUUUAAUAAUUGUAAUUGUAAUUCUAUUCGAUAUUUAUAAUAUUUUAUUUAACUAAAGACUGAAUUCGUUGAUUCCGCCUUUUAUUUAUUUUGAUCAACAUCAAUCGAUAAAUAAAAUAUAAAAUACUAGUUAUUAGACUGUCUAGUAAUUCAUUUUUAUAGAAUGUCUUCAGACGCUCAACCUUCGACUUCAUACCAAUCAACUACAGUCACAAAUAUCAAGGAAGAACCAGAGGAUGUAAAGCCAAACAUUAUAAGGUCACCCACACCUUCAAUUAUAGAUGAUUUUAUACCACGAUACAGUGGCACCGAUUAUGAAAAGUGGCCACAACUUACUACACAAUCAACAAAAGAUGAAAUAACUAGAAACUUAAAGAUUAAACUACGCAAUCAGGGUAAGAUCAUUUUAAAGACCUUAAAACGUAGUGAUGGCGUUGCCAUUGAUUGGAGAUUGCAAUUUCAGCCUCAUGAAGUCAUAAAUAUUGAUCAACAAAAUUCUCAAGAUGAUUCUAUAAUAGACAACUCUUUAACUGAAACUCAAAUUAAUCACAUAACAAAUGCUAUUCAAUUAACACAACCAACGGUUGAGCCUACAUCUGAACCAAUAACUGAACAUAUCAAUCAAUCCGAAUCAUCGAAACAAUUAUAUCAGCAACCUUCACAUACUGGACCAUCUACACCAUCAACUAUAAGUCUUCCUAAAAGACCUGAAUUACCUCUUCAUACGAAGCGAGCAGCAAAACCCAUCAAAGUACCUACAAAUCCUACACCUAGAGCAUCUGUAAGACAAGUAGAAGAGAUACGUUCUAGUGAAAAGGCUAGUCAAUAUGACCGAGAAAAGGAAAGGAGAGUACAGCUAAGAACUGAAAAUGAACAAAAUCGUAAACUUGAAGAAAGAUCUCAAAGAAGUCAUGAUGAGAGUUUGCGUAUUAAUAGACAAAAUAGGCCUCAUCAUGGUCUUCAAAAUGAUCAUGAUACUACGCCUAAAUCAUUUGAUAAUAAUCGCAAAGAGGUGUAUAAAAUGAAACAGAAUGAUCUUGAGGCUCAACAAAGAGAAGCUGAACAGAAAAGGCAGGAUGAAAAACAUCAGAAAGAAAUUAUGGAGAGAAGGAAUCGAGAGAUUCAACAAAAGAAAGAACUUGAACGUAAAGAGUUUGAAAAAAAGGAAAGAGAGGAUAGAGAACGUGAAGCGUUAGAUUUUGUUAAAAAUGAUGUGAACAAUAAUGCAAAUAGAAAUUCAAAAUCUAAAAAUGAUUAUAGAUCACAAAAGCUUAAACGUACUGGUGAUAACAUAGGUUUCAGCGGUUCUGAAGAUCAUGAUCAGCCUUAUCAAGAAGUUGCAUAUGGAAUCAAUUUAACAGAAUUGGCUCGAAUCCCGAAAGAUAGUUUUUCUAUGGUAGAUAAAUUAAGUGACAUUUACGGUCAUAUAUAUGAACUUUCUAAUAGUGGUUUAGAGCCCACAUCACAGUAUUUUGAAACAAUUUCAAAACUUGGUGUUAUAAAAAAGCAAACAAAGAAUGCACUAUCUCAAUUACUUUCAAACAAUAACACUAAUGGUAGUACAACUCAAUCCAUAGAUCACAAUGAAGAAUCAAAUACGGAGAAUUCUUCAAAGCAUAAGAAGAAAACGGAUGAGAAUAAGGAAAAGAAUGAAAAAGUUUCAACGUCAGCGUUGUCUUCUGCGCCAAAGCAAAAAAAGCGUAAGCAUAACAAAGAAGAUCAGUCGAUUUCAAAGAAGGUUGCAAAUGAUGCACCAGAACAUUUAGAUAUAAAUGCUCUCAAUAGGGGUGUAAAUGGUACCGCUCAGGGUUACAAUGAAGAUAAUCUUGAAGAUUGUUUGCGACCUGUCGUUGAUAGAAGGCGUAAGAAGAACGAUAAUUAGCAUGUUUAAGUUAUUUGUUAUAAAUUAUUAUCAUG